AUGAGGCAUGCAGUCUCUCUUUUAAGCGUGGUUACUAAACGAAAUUUUUGCAAUAUUUACAGACACAUUAUCAGAACUCCUUCCGCUUUGAUGUUUCGCGUGUCAAAUAAUUGUGCUGCUUAUGCUAUAAGUGAUUUUCAAUUGAAUGGACCAUGUUUUGGAGAUGGUGACUUGUGGAUGAAGGAUCAAUUUAAUCAAGCUGGAAGUUGUUAUUGUAAUAAAGAAUCUUAUGAACAGUCGGUUGGUGAUAUGUUUCAUAGAGAUUCUUGGGAAGGUUGGACCGGUAAAAAUGGUACCUUUGCUGUUAAUGAUUAUGAAGUUUUUCAAGUCAUAAGAAAACGAGUUAUUAACAAUUAA